ACCAAGAUGCGCGUUCUCGAUUAUAAACUUUGACGCCUUCAUCCGGGGAUCUGGUACGAACUCGCUCUCCAACAUGGCGGCGUCAGCUAAGAAGAAGGGGAACAAGAAGGGGAAGACCCUGACCCUGACCGACUUCCUUGCCGAGGACGGUGGGAGUGGGGGCAGUGCUCCCCCCCCGCAGCCCAACUAUGUUAAGUCCACCAGCUGGGCCGACGAGACCGACGACCUGGAGGGAGAUGUGUCUACCUCCUGGCACACAGGGGAGGACAGUUAUCGGGCCCCGGCCAUCGACCGCGCCAUCCUGCCCACGGCGCCGCGGUCGGCCCGGGAGCCUAAUGUGGACCGCUCGCGCCUCCCCCGGAGCCCCCCGUACACCGCCUUCCUGGGCAACCUGCCCUAUGAUGUUUCAGAGGAAUCCAUCAAAGACUUCUUCCGCGGCCUAGCGAUCAGUGCUGUGCGCUUGCCCCGGGAGCCCAGUAACCCAGAGAGGCUGAAGGGCUUUGGCUACGCCGAGUUUGACGACGUGGACUCCUUCCUAAGGGCGCUGACUCUCAACGAGGAGAACCUGGGGAACCGGAGAAUUCGGGUGGAUAUUGCAGACCAGUCCAAUGACAAGGAGGGGCGAGACAACGGUCAGAUGGGUGGACGGGACCGGAUGGGUCGGAUGGGGGACAUGGGGGGCCCCGACAAGACAGACAGUGAUGACUGGAGGGCCCGGCCCUCUGCGGACGCCGACGAUGGCCCCCCAAAGAGAGAGGAGUCUGCUUUUGGGUCCCGGGACCGCUACGGAGACCGCGACGGGCCGCGGCGGGACAAUGAUCGGGACCGUGGCUAUGGCGGCGACCGAGACCGCGGCUAUGGCGGCGACCGAGACCGCGGCUAUGGCGGCGGAAGGGACCGCUAUGACGACCGGGAUCGCGGAGGUGAGAGCGGAGCCUUUGGCUCCCGUCGGGAUGAUGGCGGACGACGUGCCUUCGGCAGCGGGUACCGCCGUGACGACGAUGGCGGCGGUGGCGGCGGCGGCGGUCGCUAUGGGGACCGCUACGGCGGAGACAAAGAGGACCGGUACGAGCGGCGGGACGAGCGGCGCGAGGAGAGAGGAGGUGAGGCGGGUCCCACGCAGAGGCCCAAGCUGGUCCUGAAACCUCGCAGCAUGCCCAAAGAGGAGACGCAGGCAGGCAGUGGUGGGGCUCCUCCAGCCGCUCCGGCGGCCGCCCCGAGCUCCAGUCGAGCCUCCAUCUUCGGCGCGGCCAAGCCUGUGGACACCGCCGCCAAGGAGCGUGAGGUGGAGGAGAAGCUACAGAGACAGCUGGAGGAGGACAAGUCCAGAGGCUUUGACAGGAAACCCCGGGACAAGGACAGGGAUCCUAGCUGGAGAAGCGAAGAGCCACCCACUGGGCGCUCCCGCACAGGAAGUGAGUCAUCACAGCCAGGAAGUACAUCUGGUGGGAGAGUCUCGCGGCGCAGGGAGAGCGAGCGCUCCGUGGAGAACGAGGUAUUCAGCGGCAGGGAAGACGACCCCGCCUCGCCCGGGGCUCGCCCGCCAUCUGCCAACUCUUCCACCUCCUCCUCCUCCUCCAAGGAGCCCCUGAAGGUGAUGCCCGCGCCGCCUCCCAAGGAGAACGCCUGGGCCAAGCGCCCCGCAGUAAAUGCAGGGUCCGGCGCUCCCGUCUCUCCCGGUGAUGCGGGACCCCCCAAACUGAGUGCAAAUUCUGCGAGUGAAAGAGGAUCUGGAAAGGACGAGAAUAAAGUGGACGGUGUGCGACGGGACCGGGGUCCCCCGCGCGGGAGAGGGGGGCCUGCGGGGCCUGGAGCAGGGCGGGGCCGAGGAGAAGGGGUCAACAGGGACCGGCGAAGGGAGGAAGACAGAAGGGAUAACAGAAGAGACCGAGACUCAAGACCAGCGCCAGAGCCAAAGAAAUAUGAGGAGUCCCCCGUCCCUAAAUUCAGCUCAGCCAGUAAAUACGCCGCUCUGCUAAUGGACGGAGAGGACGGAGACGACGCAGAAGACAACCUGGAAUGAUGUGUGUGUGCGCGCGAGAACAGGAGAUCCGGCGAAUGAUGAAUCUCAAAUUAAAUAUGAAAAUCUCCUCACCUUGAGUCGAGGCACCCGAGGAGGCCAUCACUCCAUCCUUACCUCCUUUACUCAACAACCCAUCUUACCUUCCCCCCCCCCCCCGCCCCUUCAGAAAUAUUUUGUUUCUUAAAAGAAUAGUCACAUACUGGACUUGUUUUAAAUGGAAAAGGAAAGGAGUAGUAGACACACAAAAGAGAUGCAAAAUCGAAUUAAUUGUGAUAAAUAAAUAAAAAAAAGUGGGGUAAAAAUGA